AUGUCUCCCACAAUCGUCCUCAUCCGCCACGCCCAGGCCCUCCACAACGAAACCAAUAAGUUCCCCCCUCAUCCUCAUAUAAGCCACCAAAAAUUAGAAAAACUAACAAGCUACCUGCCGCCACAGGACCACUCCAUCCCGGACCCCCGUCUCACCGACCACGGCAUCCAGCAAUGCUCACAGCUCCGCUACAACCUCUUCCAGCGCUUCUCCUCCUUCGAGGGCCGCAUCGCCGUCAUUGCGAGCCCGAUGGUGCGCACGCUGCAGACGGCGAGUUUGGCGACUGAUUGGCUCGUUGAGCGCGGUGUCAAGAUUGAGGCGGAUGCCGAUUGGCAGGAGCAAAAGUCUCACCGAAAGAAAAAAAAAACUGCAGAACUCUCCGCCAAGCCCUGCGACACCGGCUCUCCCCUCUCUCUCCUGCCCCUCAUCAAAGACAACCAGACCAAGCACCAAUUCUCAUCUCCCUGCUACGACUUCUCCGCCAUCCCACCAGUCUGGCCCGAUAAAACAGAGGACCCGUUGGCGAAAAGCCUCUUUGGAUACACUCGGACCGCAGUUCUACGUCGUGGCCGUCGCUGUCUUGAGAAGCUGAGCAAGAGACCCGAAGACUUAAUCUUUGUGUUUUCGCAUGCGGCGUUUCUGAGGUCGGGCGUGUCUGCAUGGUGGUAUCAUAAUGCGGAUUACCGCAUUUUUACUUUGCAUGAGGAGUUGGAGUUGAAGAUUGAUGAGUCUACGCUGGAAGGGGGCAUGGGGUGGUCGUGGAAUAAGAGGGCUGAGUUGGGGAGUGAGGUACCGGAGGAUGUGACGGACGAUGAGAUUCAAGAGGACAAGAAUUGA